UGCUCUAAUACUCCAUAUGAUCCCUUUAUUGUCUUUUUUGCCAUUUAUUAAAUGUUUUUAACCUAAUAAUAGCUAAUUAAUGUGUCAUCUCCUCGCUGGGUUAUUGUGUUUCCAUCCACUGCAGUCACUGUCUCCCGCUGUGAUCAAACGAGCUGUAUGCAUAAUUCCGCUGCCUUUUCUAAUCCUACUACAGCGCAGGCUUGGCUUAUGAAUAUUAAUCGUUCAACUACGCUGACGUUGCUUGGUAACCUUCACAGCGUCCCGUUACGUAACGUGAUUAAUUUUCACAAACCACGCCUCUGCCGCCUUCGGAUUGGCCAGCUGACCCAGCGCCCACCCUCCGGCAGCCAAUCAGACGUUCCUCUUUGUCGGACGCCACUCUGCGUAAUUAAUAUUCACACAGCAAGCCUUCGCUGUAGUAGGAUUGGUGGUGGCUCCGGUUGUGAAGGGGUUAACGGGGAGGGCGGAACUCUGCACCGGCCGCAGUAGAUGAUCGCAAUAUUGAUAGCGAGAGGUACAGAGACGCUACAACGCUCGGAGGAACGUUUUGGAAAUACUAUCUGGAUUUCAUUUGCAUCGUGACGCGCACGUAUUGACCUCGCCAGCGAUGCGUUUGCGUCUUUCUGGAUGAUACAGAGGGAACGCGACGCGAGUGUGGCGCGUCGCGCAGAUUCCGAAGCGGAUACAAAUGCAUUUGUGAAUAUAAUAUUGUAUCAUCGCGUGCAUUCAAACCGGGAUCGCUUACAGAUGCGCAGACGCGGGUCUCAGUGUGCAGGUGGAUGAAUACUUCUCACCUUUGAAUGAAUAAUUAUUGAUUUACAGAGGUUUUACACAGCUGGGAGGAACCCAAAGGCGCAAUGGUCAUAGUUCACGCAUCAGGGUUCGAACCCGCACCCGCCGGGUCAGCCGCCUCCGGUGUGUGAGCAUCCGCGCGCGACAGUCAUGCUGCCCGGUGUGGGUGUGUUUGGCACCAGUCUGACGGCGCGGGUCAUCAUCCCUCUGCUGAAGAACGAGGGCUUCUCGGUGAAGGCGCUGUGGGGUCGCACGCAGGAGGAGGCGGAGGAGCUGGCGCGCGACAUGAACGUGCCCUUCUACACUAACCGGAUCGAUGACGUGCUGCUGCAUCCGGAUGUGGAUCUGGUGUGCAUCAACCUGCCUCCGCCGCUCACGAGACAGAUCGCCGUGAAGACGCUGGGAAUUGGCAAAAACGUAAUAUGCGACCGAACGGCGACGCCGCUGGACGCUUUCCGCAUGAUGUCGGCAGCCCAGUACUACCCGAAGCUGCUCAGCAUCAUGGGUAACGUGCUGCGCUUCCUCCCCGCUUUCGUCCGCAUGAAGGAGCUGCUGGAGGAGGGUUACGCGGGCGAGCUCCUGGUCUGCGAGGCGCAGGUUCACGGCGGGAGCCUCCUCGGGAAGAAGUAUAACUGGAGCUGCGACGACCUGAUGGGUGGCGGCGGGCUGCAUUCGGUCGGGAGCUACAUCAUCGAUUUGCUCACGUUUCUGACGGGACGGCGUGCGGCGAAGGUGCACGGCUUCCUCAAGACCUUCGUGAAGCAGACGGACCACAUCUGUGGGAUCCGGCAGAUCACCAGCGACGACUUCUGCACCUUUCAGAUGGUGCUGGAAGGAGGCGCUUGCUGCACGGUUACGCUCAAUUUUAACGUCCCGGGCGAGUUUCGGCAGGAGAUUGUGGUCGUAGGAACGUCUGGCAGGUUGAAGGUUUCUGGGACGGAUUUGUACGGACAGAAAAACGACAGUGAAAACGGACAGGAGCUCCUCCUGAAGGACAAUACGCCUGUUGGAAACGCGUCUCUUCCGGAUAAGGCGUUCCGGGAUAUCCCGUCUCCGUAUCUCACCGGCACCAUCUGCAUGGUUCAAGCCGUACGGCAGGCCUUCCAGGAUCAAGACGACCGGCGAACGUGGGACGGCCGGCCGCUGACGAUGGCCGCGACUUUUGAGGACUGUCUAUACGCGCUUUGCGUCGUGGACACGAUCAAGAAGUCGAAUCAGUGCGGAGAGUGGCAGAACAUCGUGGUGAUGACGGAGGAACCGGAAGUCAGUCCUGCGUACCUGAUCAGCGAGGCAAUGCGGCGCAGCCGGAUGUCGCUGUACUGCUAACAUAGGGCUGGACGAUAUGGCCAAAAUUUAUAUCACGAUACAUCUCUUAAUUUCGGUCGAUACAAUAUAAUUCCGAUAUUGAUAUGAACAAUUAAAGCUGCAUGAUUAAUCGUUAAAAGAUUGCGAUCUUGAUUCAAACACCCAUUUUUAAAUGACAACGAUUCGCCCUUGACUAUUAAACCAAUACAGGGAUGAAAGUUUAUAGUUCAGAUGUAAACAUUGAUGUCUAUGGUAGUGAUCAAAAUAGAGCAAAUCCCCUUUUGAAAGUAAUUAGCGCUUCAAAUAACGAUGUUGAUUGCAUUUUCACCCCUAGGUAGCGAAAAGUGACUGUUAAAAGUGUAUUUGUCAUUGAAUCGUUCAUUCAAAAGAUCUGUUCAAAAGCACCGAUUCAUCCAGUAAUGAAACAAGAUAAACCACUUUUUCAUAAAUACAUACAUAAUAAAAUGUUUAAUAAUUCAUUCAAAUUAAUUAAACACUUUUAAAUAGACUGCAGCAAUAAUAUUUUGUCACACAUUAGUUUGUGGGAGAAUCUUGAUCUCUAUUUGAGAUAAAAAAAAAAAUUAAAAUAAAAAAAAUCAUGAUUCUCAAUUUAUCCAGAAUCGUGCAUCUCUAUGAGUAAUAUUUUAAAAAGCCUCAGGAAAAACUGUCAAGAAUACCCACAAAUGGAUGUCUGUACCUACAAACUUCUGAAAAAUAAAGUCUGUGAAACCUCCUCCUAUAAAACUAAAUAUAAUUUUAGAAAUAAGAAUGGUACAAAAAAAAACUUUUAAUUGUAUUUAGCCUUCAUACAAACAAGAAAUGUGAAAUCACCAUCAAACAUAAGACUCUCAGACUCACCUUAUUAAUAUUAAUAUCAAUAUCUUUAAAUUUAAACUAUAGCAUAGGCUGAUUAAUCUUAUAGAUUGAGACAAUAGUGCUUCAGCCAGGAUAAAGAAUAUGAAAGGUGCUCAGACUUGUUGCAGAAAACAGAAAAAAAGUGAACAACAAAAACACAUGAUGCUGAAGACAGGCUUAUUGAGAAUGCAAAUUCAUUCUCUGCCAGCAGGAGGCGCUUUUGGGGCGGCAGAAACAGCGUUUUCCCUAGGAACAGCUGUACACAAAAUAUGCUACUUUAUUAGAUAAAGUGAAAAUGCCAUCGAAAGUUUUCUGAAGACAGUCGGUUCCCUACAAAGAUACAGAUACGUUUUGAUUUUGAAACGUGCAGUGCUCAUGAUUAUACAACGAAGUUGUGGCGGGCUGCCACAAAUAAAUCAAUGUAUGAGAAACACUGGUAGUGUAUAUCGGAAAUGUGUUUAAAAAUCAUAUCAAAAAAAAAAAAAUUGCGAUAUAUUGAAUUAUUGUCCAGCCCUAUGCUAAUGCGGUGCGUGAGAGAACGUGCAUGCUUGCAUAUUGAGUUUAAUGCAUUCGGAGCAUUUGGAAAACUGGAGAAGUACAUGCAACUGAAGGAAACAUGUGUUUGUGCCUCAUGCACGGAGUUCGGCUUGUGUUUUAAUGCGUUAAAACAUCGGCUGCUGGGAGUUUUUGUGUCAAGUAUGCAAUAAAUCUGCUUUCAGAUGAAACGACAGCCACGCUUUGCUGAGAUGCCUUUGUACUUGUGACAUGUUUGUAGUGAGUGCAAAAAACGAACAUGCAGCUUGACUUUGGUUUGCAGGAUUUUUUUCAACGUUGUCUAUCUGUGCAACCCGGACAAGGUCGCUGCAGCAUCUGUCAGCAUGUGUUUGCAUGCUAGCGUGAGCAUAGCGAACACGGACUCCUGCGUCAAACCAUGCCUGCAAAUGCAUGAAAUCUCCACUCGCACUGUAAACAACAGGAUUUUGCUGUGUAUUAUGAGGUCGAUCCGGACAAACACAAAGAGUAUCAGAUGUUUCUGCUUUGUUCGUACUGUUAUAUUUAAAAUCUUGAUUGUUAUGGCUGUAAGUGUGGCUUUAUGGUCCUUUUGUUUUCCACCUGAAAGAUUUUGAAUUGUAAAUCUGCCAAAUAUGAAAUGGCAAAUGUCACAUUAACUGUCAGUGGUUCUCAACUGGUUUUGCUUCAGAAUCCAGAUUUUACAUUAGAAAUCAUGUGGUGACCCAAAAGUAAAUAAAAAUUAGCCUUCAAAUCAAACACUGGAUUGAUAUGAUACACUACAGGUCAAAAGUUUUGAGUAAGUGUUUAUCCUUUUAAGACCUAUUAUUAAUAAUUGAGCACCAAUAAACAUGGUUUCUGAAGGAUCAUGUGACACUGAAGACUUUGGUAAUGAUGCUGAAAAUUCAGCUUUGCAUUAUAGGAAUAAAUUGCAUCUUACAAUAUAUUCAAAUAGAAAUUGGGUAUUUGAAAUUGUAAUAAUAUUUCACAAUAUUACUGUAUUUGUGAUCAAAUAAAUGCAACUUUGGUGAGCAGACGAGACAAAGACGACUUCAAAAUCUUGAUUAUUCCAAACUUUUGAUUAGUAGUGUAUAUAAUAUUAAUAUAUUAUAGUAUGAGCAUGAGCUGUUUAGUCCCAAAUAUAUGCAAAGACAUGAAAGACUGAAUAGGAAAACAAUUUUGUAAAUGCUCAAAUAAUAGUAGACAUUUUAUCUGUACGUGUAUUUAAUGUCAUCUGAGUUGUAUUUUUUUUUUUUCAUGGUUUUUGGUGUCAAACAACCUUUUUUUCUGUCUGUUUUGAUUCUCUUCUACCAAAUGUCAGAUGAAUUGGUGUAGAAUUUGAUUGGACAAAUGAAAGCAAGAUAAAUUUUCCUUUUAAGCCUGUUUGACUUUUAUAGUUGCAUUUUAUUUCUUAUCUCCCCCUUGAAUUGCAAAACAGUAAGUUGAGAACCGCUGCUUAAGACUGUUGCAGAGCGUUGCACUUCUUUGAGGGCUAGUAAAUGCCUUUUUUAAGCCUGAAAAAUAUAAACCAAAAUGUUUCAGACACGCUAAAGGUGCUAGAGAUCUUUCAGUCUGAAGAUGUAUUGGUGUAUAUCUAGUUUAGGGGAUAUAAUUCAUAUUUAAAUGCAGUUGUCACUACUGAAACUUUAACGUACAGAAAACAUUUUAAAGUCAGAUUCUUGAGUCCAUAUGUUUUGCUAAGCUCAAUUCUACAGUGUUUUAUUUGUGGACUAGGAUCUGUUGACUGUAUGCAUGCACUGAAGACAGGUGUGUCGGCGGUCGUCCAUCACUGUGCAACUUCUCACGACGGCUUUAUAUCAGCCUCGUGACGAAAGACUGGAGAGUUCAAUCAUGUGGCUGUGUUUUAUGUGUAUUUUAUGCUGCUUGGAGAAACACCUGCUGUACAUUACUGGAAACAUGCUCUGUGUAGUUUAUAAAUGGUAUUUAUUUCUUC